CACCCACCCUCCACAAGGUAUAUAGAAAAAAAAAGUCGUGCUUGCGAGUAUUAUUUUGUACUUCUCGAAAUACAUACAGUAUUUCACUGUGUGUUGACCGUGAAGUAAAUGCGCGAACCGGGUGAUUCCACGAUGUGAAAUUCAUAUCGUCUUUUCGUCAGGAAAAUCCUCCUGCUACUCUAUACAUAUAGAUAUAUAACCUAUAAUAAACACUCGUAUGUACAUCGUGAGAAUAGUGAAUAAUAAAUUUUCGUCAUUUCCGCGCAUGAACCCGGAAGAAAUGGACGACCUCAGAUCAUCAUCAUCAUCAUUCAGUGGCCUUGAAUAGAAUGAGGAUCAACACGAAUGAGGAGAUGGAACGAGCCCCGAGAGUCGAAACUCCAGCCGUUAUCACGAAUGUUUGUCGGCGAAGUGGAAAUGAAAUUGACAAUGUGGUGUCGAGAAUUCCCUCGACCUUAAGUGUGACGGCCGUGGAUGUCGUUGUUGCCUGCCAGCCUUCACCGUCUCAUUCGAUCCUGACAUUGACCCCCGGAAGGACUCGUAACAUCGACCAGGACAUGGAAGCCUUAAGGCUCAGUCGUCAGGACAAUCCAUUUCUCCAGGUGCUAGCGAGUCGGGAAAAUCUAGUCGAGUCAAUAGAGGAAUCAGAAUCCGACGACGCAAUAUUGAUGGCACAGGAGUUAGGAGACUCGGAUCCACUUACCUUAGCACAAGUACACGAGCAUCUGGUAAGAAGUCCUCCACCUGCCUCAUGGUCAACUACGCCUAUGUUCCAUUUUUCACAUCAAAAUAAUAGCGGGAGAAGUGACACUUCAACUUUUUACAAGAGUCCACCAAAAACCCCAGCUAGGCACAGCAGCAGUGAUGUUGAAGUAAGAAGUGAUCCACCUACAGACAUAAGAGAUCGACAUUCACAUCCUUUCUCUCUACUAAAUCCAACACCAAUUCGUUCCCUAUCAGAAGUUAGACGAUUGCAUAGAUCAGCGGAUGACAGUGUUCAGCUAAUGUCAUCGGAAUGAAAUACUUUUGAUCGCCAUUUUUGGCAACGACAUGGAAAACCAACGAAUCACUUUUAUUAAAUAUUAAUAAUAAUAAUAAUAAUAAUAAUAAUGAAGUGAUGGUUAAAUUGUUAUCAAUUUUUUGAGGUCAUUAGAUUCUGGUAAUACAAUGGCUAUAUAUAUAUAAAUGAUAAUUAUAUAUAAAUCAAUCAGAGAAAAGAAAAAUCUCUAUAAGAAUAACGACCGAUAUAAAAUCUAUCGAUCUAUAUAUAUAUAAAUUAAUUCGCCUUAUUCCUGAUGACACUUUAUACAUUUUAUUAAAAAAAAAAAGAAAAAAAAAGUGACUUGGCAAAUUUCUUUAUCUUUCAUAAAGGCUUAAUGCCUUAAUGCCUUACUGAUUGUGCGAAUUUAAAAUUCUCAAUUUGCUCUAAAAAUGGCAAAUCUUUCUUUGUUCCACAUUCGGGAAUUAGCUAAAAAAAAAAAAAAAAAAAACUUUAUGACGUGAUAUAUCACAAAUACAAAUUUGUUUUGUCGUCAGAUUGACGAAACGUUUAUUUCAAAUUUUCUUUAAUUGCUAUAGUACAAUUAUUAUUUUUAUUUAUUACUAUCAGUAUUGUUAAAAAAAAACAAUGAAAUAUCGAAAAAUUCCAUCCUUAUAAUAAAACUAUCAUUAUAAAAAAAAAAAAAAAAAAAAUGGGGUGUGUAAUAUAUAAUUUUCAAUAUUAUAUUGAAAAUAGAAUAUUUUGUGCGUACAAAUAUUUUUCAAUAUCAGUCAAUCAAGAUUGUCAAAUUAUUAUAAAUUAUACAGUAUAAAUCGAGUAUUAUAAAACAUUUAGCAUACCAAAAAAUAUACUGUCUAAAUUAUAAUAAUAAGCUGAAAAUGAUUUUUAAAGACAAUUGAAAAAUGGAUUUUUAGAUCUUCCUAUAUAUAUAUAUUAUAUAAAAAAAAAUAGGGUGUGUGCCUAUAAUUUAUUCGUCAAAGAAUAAUAAUUUAUGACUAUACUGUUAGAAACUGUUUUUUCUUGAUGAAAAAUAAUUUCAUUUUCUUAAAAAAAAAAAAAAUUUUUUUUUCAUAUUGCAAAUACAAUAAUAAAAUUCAAAAACGGGAAGUUUUUUAAUCACUGUAAAAAGAAAUUAAAAAAUAAAAAAAAAUAUAUUUUUCCACUAAUCUUUACACAAAUUUCAAGUAUAAUACACAUUUUCUGCGUGAAAAAAAAACACACACACAUUUUUAAACAGAAAAAUUUCUAACAGUGUGGUUUUUUGUCUUACGGAUUUUUGUGGCAUGUAUAUAGACAGUAAAUAACUGUCUUUUAAAUUAUUAGGGCCUACUUGACAAUUAUACAUUUACUAUUUAUUAUAGUAAAAAAAACAAGGUUCUUAGCAAAAAGGAACUUGAGCGAUGUGUUUAUAAUGUUUAUAUAUAAUUGUACAUUGUGUUAUAUUUAUAUAUAUAACAGGGUGUUUACAGCACAGAGAAAAAAAAAAUUUAAUUUAAAAUUUUAAACAAAAAUACAAUAAAAAUAUUAAAUAUUACAGAAUUUUCAAAUUAUUUCACUAUAUAAAUAAUUUACGCAAUCUAUUUUCAAAAAGUGAAAAUAAUAUUUUUCUCUGUGAAUAAAUUUGGAAAAAAAAUUUUUUUUUUUUAAUCACGAGUUUAUAGUUUUGUAAAACAUCCUGUAUAUAUAUACAUAUUUUAGAAUAGCAAAUCAAUAGACUUAUUGAAAGUGUAUUUUACAUGAGCACCACGUUGCACCGCUUUACAAAAGCAUAAAAAAAACACUUGAAGAAUAUUUUUCUAGAGUCCCGAGUUGCUCGAAUUUUUUCAUGAUUGACUGUGUAAAAUUUGUAAAAAAAAAAAAGAAGCACGCGAAAUCAAAAAAAAAAAAAAUGAGAAACCACAAAAAAAUGCUCACGAUGAUUGACAGCAAUGAUGAAAGUAAAAAACGGUUCUCAUUUUAUACUUCAGCCAGAAAUAAUGUAAAAAAAAAACAUUUUUAAUUUUUCAAAUUUCAAAUCACUCAAAAUAAAUCGUGGCAAUCGUUAACUUCAAAUGUAUAAUAUAUUAUAAAAUUAAAAAAAAAAAUUAAAAAAAUUUAAAGUAAAUUUAAUAUGAAAAUGAUAAAAAAAAAUUAUUUGAUAAUAUAAAAAUAUGAAAUUUGAUACCAAAGAAAAAAUUAAUCGAUAAAAUGGAAAAUUUGAUACAAAACAAAAUUUCACAAAAUAAUAUUUCAUAUAAAAGAAAAUAAGAAAAUUUUUUAUAUUAAAAAUGAAAUUUGGUCUUUAAAUAAAAAGAAAAUUUUAUAAAUAUUGAUCGAAAUUCGAUCUUAAAUAAAAAGAAAAUUUUUUGAAUAAAAAUUGAAAAAAAAAAUUAUUGAUUUUGUAUAAAGCUUUGCUUUUAAAAAAUUUUGUUCUUAAAAAAAACGUGGGUGUAGUUCACAACGUUUAUAUAAUCAACGAUUGAGAAAAAAACAUAUUUUUCUAUGCAAAUUAUUACUAUUUCUGAUCUAAAAAAUUUUUUCCAACGUUUCUUGAUCAAUAAUUUUUUUAGAGAAAAAUAUUUUUUUUUCAAUCGUUGAUUCACCGACGUUUUAAAAAUAUUGUACAUUGCAUCUCAAGUAGCCUGUAAAAAAGAUAAUUUAUUUUUAAUUUGAAAAAAAAAAAAUUUCCAAAGCUUAUUGUCGAAAACAUUUUUUUUUUUAUUUAUAUAUAAGAAGGAAAUUAUAAAGAAAAAUAUAUUAAAUCAUAUAGGAAGACAUAUUUAGAAAAUUUUUUAAUUAGAAUUAAAUUUAUCUGGCUAAUACUUUUGAAAAAGAUAUUAUAAAUUAAUAAAUGAAUUUUUAUUGUAUGAAAAAAAAAAUAAAAGCGAAAACGAGAGAGAGAGGAAUUUAAUUGCGGCUCUGAAUGAGAUUUUUAGAGCUUAAAACAAUUUGAGAUUACGAUGAAAUUCGUAGAAAAUCUUAAACAAAUAUUUAAAUAGAAAAGACUUAUUAAUCUAGUCCAAAUAAAUAAUAAAAUAAAACGUAUACUAUAAUAUACGCUAACUGCAUUUAUAUCACGACUAUCAUAAAACUGCGAGAAAAGAAUACGAAAAGUUAUUUUCUUUUUUUUUUUAAAUAACAUUAAAUGUGCAAUUUAUGUGUUCUGAACCAUUUAGAAAAUAUUAAGUUAUUGUAUAUAAUAUUAAGUUUAUUAAUAUGGAUAUUAUUUUAUAUUAUUCUAUUUUAUUAUUCAAAAAAUAUUUAUUAAUAUAUAUAUAUAUAUAUAUAU